CGGCGUCGGCCUUGAUGAUAGGAAUACGAUGCUCACCGGCAUAUAGGUGUUGAAAUAGUUUCAUUUUUGUUCUAGUCAUGGAUUUAUUUUUCCAGUUUUGACCAUUGAGUUCAUUUAUAUUCCAGAGGUAGACGAAUGGUGUGUGUGUGGAUCGCUGCCAAUAUUUUUAAACGAAAAUGGAAGCCAUGGAAAUUUUCUUAGCCACCGCUAGGGACGUAUCUUACAUAAUCAUCAACCACCCCCUUUUAUUCAGCAGUGGGCAGCUUCGUCGUCUUAUUGUUUUUGCUGCGAUUUUAUUGCCGAUUGACCCUUGGACUAUGUGAUAUCGAUCAGGAUAUGAGUGGAAAAACUGUGCUUAUUACUGGAGCUUCGGACGGUAUUGGCAAAGCAACCGCUCGAGACAUAGCCAAACGGAAUGCAAGAGUUAUAUUAGCCUGCAGAAACGUGGGCAAAGCUAAUAAGGUAGCCGAAGAGAUUAAAGCAGAAACAGGAAAUUUCAACAUAAUCGUCAAGGCGUUAGAUCUUUGCAGUUUUGAAUCGGUUCGAAAGUGCGCUGAAGAUGUAUUGAGCACUGAAGACAAGUUGCAUGUCCUUAUCAAUAACGCUGGAAUUGUUGGUCCACAGACGCGAGAAGUAACGGAAGAUGGUUGCGAAAAAGUGAUGCAGUCGAAUCAUUUUGGACAUUUUCUCCUCACUCUGUUGCUUUUAGAUUUGUUAAAAAAGAGUGCUCCAAGUAGAAUAAUCAACGUCUCUUCUGUUGCAUAUGCCUUUGGAAAAAUUAACAUUGAUGAUUUGAAUCAUGAAAAAACCAAAUAUCAUUACAUGAAUGUCUACAGUAACAGCAAGUUGGCAAAUAUUUAUUUUACGAGAGAGCUGGCGUCAAGGCUUGCUGGAACGGGUAUAACUGUGAACACGUUGCAUCCAGGAGUAGUGAAAACUAACAUAUUUUUUAGCAGUGAAGGAUUUUACUCAACUAUAUCGAAAUUUAUGGUUUUUGUGCUUGGAAAG